GCCUGAAGAGGAACUGGUGGCUUUAGGAGAACCAUUGUAAGCGUCUGCUUCGGCAGCUGCCUUCUCUCCCAUCUGUUCAGUUUGCGCCGAGCUCACGGCCGCUGCUAACGGCUGGCGUGUGGCCGGGCUGCCUGAGCCAUGAACAGCCUCGGGGGUGCUCUCCUCUUCUGGGCAGUGGUAGCGUGGGCUAACGCGGACGAGCCUUUGGGACAGACAAGUGAAGCCGGAUUUCAAAAAUGCAAGAAUACCUUAAAACUACCUGUUCUCGAGGUCUUACCCGGAGGGGGCUGGGAUAACCUGCGGAACGUGGACAUGGGACGGGUGAUGGCCCUGGCUUACAGGAGCUGCAGGACCACGGAGGAUGGGCAGUACAUCAUCCCCGAUGAAAUCGUCAGCAUCGCCCAGAAACAGAGCAACCUAGAGAUGAACUCCGAAAUCCUGGAGUCCUGGGUGAAUUAUCAGAGCAGCACCUCCUUCUCCAUCAACUCGGAGCUUUCCCUCUACUCCAAGGUCAAUGGCAAAUUCUCCUCUGAUUUCCAGAAGAUGAAGACCCUCCAAGUGAAAGACCAAGCGGUAACUACCCGGGUUCAGGUAAGGAACCUGAUCUACACAGUCAAAAUCAACUCGGCUUCAGGGCUAAGCUGGAAGUUUAAGAAAGAGCUCAUGGACAUCUCUGACCGCCUGGAGAACAACCAGACGCAGAUGGCCACGUACCUGGCCGAACUUCUGGUCCUCAACUACGGCACCCACGUCAUCACCAGCGUGGAUGCGGGCGCUGCUCUCAUCCAGGAGGACCACAUCAGGACCUCAUUCUUGCAGGACAGCCAGAGCAGCCACACUGCCGUGACCGCAUCUGCAGGCAUUGCCUUCAUGAACAUCGUGAACUACAAAUUUGAGGAGAACUACACCUCGCAGAGCGCCCUCACCAAGGGCUAUCUCUCGAACCGCACCAACUCCAGGGUGCGAAGCAUCGGAGGGGUCCCUUUCUUCCCGGGCAUCACCCUGCAGGCCUGGCAGCAGAGCAUCGCCAACCACCUGGUGGCCAUAGACCGCGCGGGCCUGCCUCUGCAUUUCUUCAUCAACCCCGACACGCUGCCUGAGCUGCCAGGGCCCUUGGUGAAGAAGCUGUCGAGGACGGUGGAGGCCGCCGUGAGGCACUAUUACACGUUCAACACCUACCCUGGCUGCACAGACGUCAAUUCGCCCAACUUCAAUUUUCAGGCCAACACGGACGACGGCUCGUGCGAGGGGAAGAUGACCAACUUCUCCUUCGGAGGGGUCUAUCAGGAAUGCACCCAGCUCUCCGGGAAGGAGGCUGCCCAGCUCUGCCAGAACCUGGAGCAGAAGAAUCCGCUCACUGGGGAUUUCUCCUGCCCCUCUGGCUACUCCCCAGUCCACCUGCUGUCGCAGACCCACGAAGAGGGCUACAACCACCUGGAGUGUCGGCAGAAGUGCACGCUCCUCAUCUUCUGCAAGACGGUGUGCGAGGACGUGUUCCGGGUGGCAAAGGCUGAAUUUAGGGCUUUCUGGUGCGCGGCGAGUGACCAAAUGCCAGAAAACUCGGGACUGCUUUUUGGGGGCCUCUUCAGCAGUAAGAGCAUAAACCCUUUGACAAAUGCACAGUCCUGCCCAGCUGGCUAUUUUCCACUGAGACUUUUUGAAAAUCUCAAGGUAUGUGCCUCCCAGGACUAUGAGUUGGGAUACAGGUUUUCCGUCCCCUUCGGUGGGUUCUUUAGCUGCGCUGUCGGGAACCCCUUGGUAAAUCCGGCCGUAUCCAAAGACUUAAGGGCACCCUCUCUGAAAAAGUGCCCCGGGGGCUUCAGCCAACACCUAGCCCUCAUCAGCGACGGGUGCCAAGUGUCCUACUGCGUCAAGGCUGGGCUCUUCACAGGAGGGGCUCUGCCCCCUGCCAGGCUCCCGCCUUACACCCGGCCACCCCUCAUGAGUCAGGCGGCCACCAACACUGUCAUAGUGACUAAUAGCGAGACGGCAAGCUCCUGGAUUAAAGACCCCCAGACCCACCAGUGGAGGCUGGGGGAGCCCUUAGAGCUGCGCAGGGCCAUGAGGGUCAUCCGCGGGGACGGCAGUGGUCUGUCGGGAGGGGCGGCAGCCGGGGUCACGGUAGGGGUCACCACUGUGCUGGCCGCCGCCAUUGCCCUGGCCAUCUACGGCACCCGGAAGUACAAGAAGAGGGGAUACGAGUCCCUGGAGGACGAGAAGCAGAGCUUGGCCGCGGGCACCGCGGAGACGGCAGGUUCCCCUGACCAAGAGCGGGAGCAGAGUCCGGCCUAGAUCUCUCCCGGGAAACGUGUCUCUCGUCUCUGCAAGCAAGCCUUCCAUCCCUUCUCUCUCCACUUCUGCCUUCCUGAGGACUGGCGUGGCAGGUGCAAGAAAACGCAGGUAUAACUUUGUGACUUCCUUAGGGCUCCUGGCCAUGAAACGAUUGGAGCUGCGUGGACAGGGCUGGGGUGGGGGAGGAGAACCCACGUGACUUUUUAAGCCAAAGUCAUUCUGGGGGCUAAAACACGAAGGGGGUGUCUUUUCUCUGUGUGCACCAUUGAUUAUCUUCACCUGAAUGCGUAUGUGAGAAAGGGGGGGGGGCACGUUGACCUUUGGAUUUGGAGACCAUACAUUUAAUCUGAGACUGGCCACGGUUUCCAAUUCACGAGCUAUAAGAAUUUCUGUCUGUGUUACCCUCCCACUGUUGUUUUUUAAAAAUCCCUCUGGAUUUCAUGCUCCUGGAGGCUGAGAAGCCCCCCAGGAGAUAUGGGAAGUCCCGAGGGCCACUGAUGUUCAGUGUUGAGGGCUCUGGAUGGGGUCCAGUCAAGCUCAUCUGAACAGCAAGACAUUGUGUCACUAAGUCUACGUUUUCCAGCUUUCCAGCCACAACUCAAACUUGCCACUCUUGGACCAGGCCACUCUCGGACUUCAGACUAGUGUCAUAAAGUCCUCAAAAAAAUACUUUAACUUACAGUCUUCUGUUAGGAGGUCAAGGGAGAAGGGAUGGUUUGGAGACAAAGCGUGAGGGAAAAAAAAGAUGAGAACUGGACAAAAGAUGAGAACUUGUGCUCAGGGGAAACUGGUUCCCCUUACCCCCUGCCUGGCUUAUGGAGCUGCAGUUUGGGUUAGAACAAGCUUUCCAGUGUCUGUCACCAGAGCACUGCCCCUUCUCUGUCCAUGAGGGGCCCUUUCCCUUCCCGUCCUCACAUCAUGUGUACACACCCCAAACACUCACUUGUGCAGCCCCCCAAACACACCCCCAAAAUACACAGACACACACCCCAAACACACGUGCUCACACCCCCCCCACUACCACCACAUUCCAACAAGAAGUCUGCAUUUUUCUAGGGGCAGGAGACAAGGGAAAAUGCAAGAAGUCAAAGUAAGCCCACAUCUAAGUGUUAUUUCCUCCCUGAAACCAAAACAGAGUAGAAACUACCAAUUAUGUAUCCUACUUUGUUUUUUUUUCCCAGCAGAAAAGGCGCUGACAUUGUCAAGUCCAUGUUUUUAAAUGAAACAAAAAAGGCAUCCAACACCAUUUGUGACACAUUUAUUUCGGUUCCAGGCUGACCUCCCUCAGGCAUCCAGCAGGAUGCAUGACGUGUUCCCGGCAUUGGGGGUUUUGCCCAAUUUUAUUUAUUUAUUUUUUCUAUUUUUUUAGCUGGCGGGGGGAGUUUUGCCCAAUUUUAAUACCAUUCUCUCCGAAUUGUAAUGAUUAGAGUGAGUCUAUUACUACUUCUCCAUGACAUCAAAAAAGAAUUUUUUUUUUAUUAAGUAAACUCGCGAACCCUGAGAUCAAGCGUCACAGGCUCUACGGACUGAGCCAGCCAGACGCCCCUCCUCUACAUUUUUCAUAGUUAUAUAUGUCUUCACCACAUCAGAUGCCACAAAUGAGUUCAUGGAUAUGAAGGCUAAUCUGUCCUCACCUCAUUAACAUUCACAAUCACGAGUUUAGGCUUAAAACGCUUACGUAAGUCCUGCUGAGGGGCUUUCAGCCUCCUAGCCUGUGGGAAGUUGGGAAGGAGGCUACUCCCUGUGAUGGUGAGCCCUGCUCUCCCGGCUGCCCAGCCACCAGCACUGAUUUCUGCAACCUCUUCUCUGAACCCUGCCACUUAAGCAUUAAAAUAUUCGCCUAAACCUCUGAGUGUUUUGUGGGUAAAUUUCAGCUGAAGUGACCACUUUUCUGCAAAUUCCCCAUGAACUCCUCGAAGACGACUGAGUCAGAGGCAAAGGACGGCUACCGGCUCUCAGACUUCUAAUGCACUAACUGCCCUCUUCACAGACUUGCAUUUCUAACAAAAUCAUACAUUAAGUAUGCAUUAAAAUGUGUAUGUAAGGAA